CAAGUAGUUCGUGUGAUUGCCAAUUUAGGUUAGGUUUUUUAUAUUUAUUUCAACGUGAAUUUUUGUAAUAUCAUACCCAAAUGAGUAUUUUCCACGACGAAAUCGAAAUAGAAGAUUUCGAGUUUGACGAAGAGGAGGAAACUUACUAUUAUCCUUGUCCUUGCGGGGAUAAAUUUCAAAUAACCAAAGAAGAACUGCUUGCUGGCGAGAUAAUAGCAACUUGUCCUAGUUGUUCUCUUUAUGUUAAAGUCAUUUAUGAUCUUGAAGAUUUCACUGAAAAUCAAAGCGAACAAGGGACUCUACAUGACAAGUUGAAAGUUUUGGAAAUCGCUUAAUCAUUUUUAAUGGCAUCAAGAGGCAGAGGAAGGGGACGUGGUGCAAAACGUACCUUCAAUAAGGAACAAUUAAAUGCUUUGGGGGCUGUAGGAAAUGAAACGUUUUCACAACAUUCGACUCCUCCUCCACUUUUUGUACCUCUCCAAAGAACCUGUGCACCGUUAGAGUCUUCUCCUAGUUCGGAUCAUGCAUUAGUAUUAAAGCAAGCUUUCGUAAAUUUUCUACAGUUGUCUUUUUCUUAUAUGAAAUUGCCAGGGCAAUCGGACGGUGAUCAAGAAAAAAUUAGUCUACCUGGCAAGGAAAUUAUUUAUGAUUGGGCAAUGUUCCCUCCCGAAUUACGUCCAAAAUUGAAAGCGAAAAAAAAAGCGAGGAUUGUUACAAAUGAGAAAAGUAUUAUUGAAAAACUGAAGAUAUUGGAAGAAAUGGAGAAUAAAUCUUCCUAUGCUGUUAAUAGAGUAAAAACUGAACCUACCAAUGAUGAGGAUGAAGAACUGAUGGAAGAGGAAGAACAAAUGGAUGAUGAAAUAGAUGAUGGAACCGAUUAUGGAAAUAACUAUUUCGAUAACGGAGACAGUUACUGCAAUGAUGAAGACGAUAACUUGGAUGAUGGACCAGUUUAUUAAUUGAUUCAGCAUGUUGUAAUUUAUAAAUAUUCUGUCAUAAUAUGUAAUGAUAAUAAUAAAUUUAUCCAAAGCUUU